CACCCCUUUCAGCAGCUGUAACUGCUUCUUCGAUCUUUGAACCCUCCAUUAGAGCUCUCUCGCCGGAAAGGUUGUCGGAAAAUGGACCUUCUCUUGUUGGAGAAGAGUCUCAUCGCCGUUUUCUUCGCCGUGGUCCUCGCGAUCGUCAUUUCCAAGCUCCGAGGGAAGAAAUUGAAGCUUCCUCCGGGUCCGUUGCCGGUUCCGGUGUUCGGAAACUGGCUCCAAGUCGGAGAUGAUCUCAACCACCGCAAUCUCACCGAUCUAGCUCGAAAAUUCGGCGAUAUCCUCCUCCUCCGUAUGGGCCAGAGGAACCUCGUCGUCGUCUCGUCGCCUGAUCUGGCGAAAGAGGUGCUCCACACGCAGGGUGUGGAGUUCGGAUCUAGGACGAGGAACGUCGUCUUCGAUAUCUUCACCGGGAAGGGACAGGACAUGGUGUUCACCGUCUACGGCGAGCACUGGCGGAAGAUGCGGCGGAUCAUGACGGUGCCCUUCUUCACGAACAAGGUUGUGCAGCAGAAUCGGGAGGGUUGGGAGUACGAGGCGGCGUGUGUGGUCGAGGACAUGAAGAAGAACCCUGAUGCUGCCACGAAAGGAGUCGUGUUGAGGAAGAGAUUGCAGUUGAUGAUGUACAACAAUAUGUAUCGGAUUAUGUUCGACAGAAGGUUUGAGAGCGAGGACGAUCCGUUGUUCGUUCAGCUCAAGGCCUUGAACGGAGAGAGGAGCCGUUUGGCUCAGAGCUUCGAGUACAACUAUGGAGAUUUCAUCCCCAUCCUCAGGCCGUUCCUCAGAGGGUAUCUGAAGAUCUGCAAGGAGGUGAAGGAGCGGAGGCUACAAUUGUUCAAGAAGCAUUUCGUUGAUGAGAGGAAGCAAAUCGCGAGCACCAAGGCUACGAGCAACGAAGGAUUGAAAUGCGCGAUUGAUCACAUCUUGGACGCCCAGCAGAAGGGAGAGAUCAACGAGGACAACGUUCUCUACAUCGUCGAGAACAUCAAUGUGGCCGCGAUCGAGACAACGUUGUGGUCAAUCGAGUGGGGGAUCGCGGAGUUAGUGAACCAUCAGGAGAUCCAGAGGAGGCUGAGGAACGAGCUGGACACUGUCCUAGGACCUGGAGUUCAGGUCACGGAGCCAGACAUCCCCAAGCUCCCGUACCUCCAGGCCGUGAUCAAGGAGACUCUAAGAUACAGGAUGGCGAUCCCUCUGCUCGUGCCACACAUGAACCUCCACGACGCAAAGCUCGGAGGCUACGACAUUCCGGCCGAGAGCAAGAUCCUAGUCAACGCAUGGUACCUGGCCAACAACCCCAACAACUGGAAGAAACCGGACGAGUUCAGGCCGGAGAGGUUCCUGGAGGAAGAGUCGCAGGUGGAAGCGAACGGGAACGACUUCAGGUACAUACCGUUCGGGGUGGGGAGAAGAAGCUGUCCGGGGAUCAUAUUGGCGCUGCCCAUAUUGGGAAUCACCAUUGGAAGGCUUGUUCAGAACUUCGAGCUUCUUCCUCCGCCUGGGAAAUCUCAGGUUGAUACAACUGAGAAAGGUGGACAGUUCAGCUUGCAUAUCCUCAACCACUCCACCAUUGUCAUGAAACCCAUAUCCUCUUGAUUGAUUUCACCAUUUGUAAUAUUUACUAUACGACAAUGCUCUGUAAGCCUUUUGGAAUGUUUUUUUUAUAUAUAAUUUUCACCAA